AGAGGCGCUCGCUGCUAUUUGCUACUGUUUCUCUCUUCCUUUAUAAAACGGCUUCCGUCGUCAAUGGCGUGAACCCAAAACCUCCUCACUCUCUCUUUCUCUCUCUCCUCUUCUUCCUUCUCCGUCAUUUUCACGUUUUUCUCGCCGUCCUUUAUCCUUAUCCGAUAGACCCAUAAAAACCCAGGAAACAAAUAAACAAUAAAAACCAAUUUUUGUUCUAUUGAAUUGAAGAGAUCGAAAAAUCCAGAACCCGCCGGUUACGCUCAGGAGACUCGAUUAAAAAAAAAAAGAAAUCAGAAGGAAGAAGAUGAAGUACGUGCUUGUGACAGGAGGUGUUGUGAGUGGAUUAGGCAAAGGAGUAACAGCAAGUAGUAUCGGUGUUCUUCUUAAAGCUUGUGGUCUUCGAGUUACUUCAAUCAAAAUCGAUCCUUAUCUAAACACGGAUGCUGGAACCAUGUCUCCGUUUGAGCACGGUGAAGUGUUUGUCUUGGACGAUGGUGGUGAGGUGGAUCUUGAUCUUGGAAACUACGAGAGGUUUUUAGAUAUUAAAUUAACCAGAGACAAUAACAUCACCACCGGAAAAAUUUACCAGCAUGUAAUUGCUAAAGAAAGGAAAGGAGAUUAUUUGGGAAAGACUGUUCAGGUUGUUCCUCAUGUUACUGAUGCAAUUCAAGAGUGGAUAGAGAGAGUUGCAGUUAUUCCUGUUGAUGGAGAAGAGGGCCCUGCUGAUGUUUGCGUUAUCGAAUUAGGAGGAACUAUAGGUGACAUUGAAUCUGCGCCAUUUAUUGAGGCGCUUGGCCAAUUCUCCUACCGUGUAGGCCCAGGGAAUUUCUGUCUGGUCCACGUCAGCCUCGUGCCUGUGCUUAAUGUUGUUGGUGAACAGAAAACAAAGCCAACACAGCAUAGUGUCCGGGGGCUACGAGGCUUGGGCUUGAUACCGGAUAUCUUAGCUUGUCGGAGCACAAAGGUACUUGAAGAGAAUGUGAAAGAAAAGCUAGCUCAAUUUUGCCAUGUCCCGCUUGAGUAUAUCUUCACUCUCUAUGACGUUCCCAACAUUUGGCACAUUCCUCUGCUGCUUAAGGAACAGAAGGCUCACUUGGCAAUCUCUAAAGUGCUCAAUCUUGCUAGUCUUGUUAAAGAACCUUCUCUAGACGAAUGGAUUUCCAGAGCCGAAUUGUGUGACAACUUACAUGUGCCGGUUAGAAUCGCUGUUGUGGGGAAAUAUACAGGCCUCUCUGAUGCCUAUCUCUCUGUCUUGAAGGCUCUCUUACAUGCUUCUGUUGCUUGUCGGAAAAAGCUCGUAGUUGAUUGGGUUCCAGCCUGUGAUCUCGAAAAGGAAACUGAGAAAGAGAAUCCAGAUGCAUAUAAAGCUGCUUGGAAGUUGCUGAAGGGCGUAGAUGGGAUCCUUGUACCUGGAGGUUUUGGUGAUAGAGGAGUGGAAGGAAAGAUUCUUGCUGCAAAAUAUGCACGUGAAAACAAGAUCCCUUUCCUCGGUAUUUGUCUUGGGAUGCAGGUCGCUGUCAUCGAGUAUGCACGAUCAGUUCUCUGCUUGCACGACGCAAACAGCACAGAAUUCAAACCUGACACUAAACAUCCAUGCAUCGUAUUUAUGCCUGAGGGUUCAAGAACUCAUAUGGGAGGCACUAUGCGCCUAGGAUCAAGAAAAUCCAUCUUCAAUGUCAAAGACAGCAAAUCCUCAAAACUAUAUGGGAACAAAAACUUUGUCGAUGAGAGGCAUCGCCAUAGAUACGAGGUGAAUCCUGAUAUGGUUGAACGGCUAGAGAAGGCCGGUCUCUCAUUUGCUGCAAAAGACGAAACUGGCAAACGCAUGGAGAUUGUUGAACUUCCAAGCCAUCCUUUCUUCAUCGGUGCUCAAUUCCACCCUGAGUACAAAUCCAGACCCGGGAAAGCUUCUCCUCUGUUCUUAGGACUCAUCGCAGCAUCGUCUGGUGAGCUGGACACAGUCCUGAAUCCAGCCUCUGCUCAUCAACAUCUGACUAGUAACGGUCCAAAAAACGUUUUCGCCAAUGGAACCUCCAAGAAAUCUCCCAAUGGCUUGGCUGAUGUAAGAUAUAAUAACGGAUACUGCAAUGGCUUAUACUCUAGAUAGCUUCGGUUGCAGACUCUCCCCUUUUCUCUCCAUUAGAAUUGCUUCAUUUUCGAUUUAGUUUGGGAUUUGAUUUGCCUUUUUUUUUGGUUUUUAAUGAUAAACUUAGGAUCUUUCCUCUGUGCAUAUGAUUCAAGCUUUUGUCAGGUUUUUAGGCUCUUUUAAACAGAAUCUAUGUUCUGUUAAGACUCUAGAAACAUCUGAUAAUUGCGGUUGAUUACCCGUCUUUUGUUUUUUCCAUGAAACGGGAUGUCAUAUGAUCAUAUGUACCGUUGGAACAUUUUGUAUCUCGAUUUGGUCUGCAUGUGAAAGAAGCAUCUGAUAAAUAAAAGUUAAAAAAAAGACUUUG